CGCGCGUCCUAGCAACGGCACGCGCGGGUGCCGGGGUGCCAGGCGACACUGCAGAGUAUUAUUGCUCUUGCUUUCGGGAUUGUCCUAGAGUCCAAGGCAUUCUUAGAGCUCCAGCUAAUGCGCUGUAGAGGUUGUCCGUUGUUGACUGAGAAAAGGAAUCUGCAUAGAUUUAAAUUGUGUGUUCUGAGCUUGGCUCAGAGUCUUAAGAGAGCCAUGGGUGUGGCGUUGACCAGAUCUGCACAGUGGACUGCUGCGGGGUAUGGGACUGGAACCCUGGAGAUCACCCCACUGAAUGAGUCACUGUUAAAUGAAAUUACUAAGUUUGUGGAGUCUUUUACUUACAAAUAUCCCAAAGAGGCAAAAUUUGUUUUUGUAGAACCACUUGAGUGGAAAACAGAUUUGGAACCCUCAGCAUUUGGAUCAGGUUAUACUGUCAGCGAUACUACAGUCAAAUCAGAAGAAGUUGACAGAAAUGGAGAGCCCCUGCUGCUUCUCUCUGUGCCUCAGAUUAAAGUCAGGAGCUUUGGGCAACUGUCACAGUUGUUAACAAUUACCAAAGGCAGCAAGCUGCAGGAGGUACAAGCCUGUAUUGAAGCUAACAGAGACCCUAUAGUGAAAAUCUUGGGCUCAGAGUAUGGUGAAACGAAAGAUUCUACUACCUUAGCUAUUCUUGAUACGAUCACCAAAGACAAUGAAAUGUUUAUUAAAAGGAAAAUCGCCAUCCUGCUAAAGCAGCUGGACUUGCAUCUGCUCAAUCAUUCUCUAAAGCACAUCUCACUAGAGAUCCAUUUGAAUCCAACGAGGUUUAAGAAAGAUAUUGAGCUGCUCAAACGUUUCUCCGGAAAAGGGGAGCUGACGGUUCUGGAGUCAAUUGAAUAUACUUCAGAUUAUGAAUUUUCAAAUGGGUGUCGUGCCCCGCCGUGGAGACAGAUUCGAGGGGAAAUCUGUUACGUGCUGGUGAAGCCACAUGACGUGGAAACCCUGUGCAUUACCUGCAGUGCAGAAGGAGUGUUUUUAAAUGGUGGCAAAAAAGAAGAAGAGGGGGAAAUUAAUUAUGAGAGACAAGGUGAAAUUUACAAUGACCUUGUUUCAUGUUUAAAAGACAAAUCACCAGUAUUUUCAGAAAAUAUGUCUAAGCAGGAGCUUAGGUUCAGUGAGGAACAACAGAAGGAUCAAGAGCCUACUGAGAAACCCAAGGUAGAAGAUGGGCACUCAUCUGUAGCUGGUUCAGAGAAGAGUAAAACGGAGAAGAACCAGAUUAACUUUGGGAAAAGUCAUAUAACCAAGAGAUUGGAGCCGAGCCUAAACUGGAGAGCAACUGUUGAUUACAAAGACCACAAAAGCUCUGUAAAGGAUAGCCAAGAGGAAAAACAAGGAAAAAUUGAAAGGUCAUCGAUAUCUAUUUCCUCAGGCCGUGCACAGUUACUUCGUAAGAGUGGCGAGAAGGUCGAAGAGACUGCCAGCGAGAGCUCCUCAGAGAGUGAGGAGGAUGAGGAGCCUCCGGAUCACCGCCAAGAAGCCAAUGCUGACCUGCCGUCAGAGUAUUGGCAGAUUCAGAAGCUGGUGAAAUAUUUAAAGGGGGGAAAUCAGACAGCCACGGUGAUUGCCUUGUGUUCCAUGAAGGAUUUCAACUUAGCUCAAGAGACCUGUCAGCUGGCAAUUAGAGAUGUUGGAGGGCUUGAAGUCUUAAUAAAUCUACUUGAUACAGAUGAAGUCAAAUGCAAGAUUGGUUCAUUAAAAAUCCUGAAGGAAAUCAGUUAUAAUCCUCAAAUCAGACGUAAUAUUGUUGACCUUGGGGGCUUACCAAUUAUGGUUAAUAUACUUGAUUCUCCACACAAGAGUCUCAAGUGUUUGGCAGCUGAGACCAUAGCAAACGUUGCCAAGUUCAAGAGAGCCCGGCGGGCAGUAAGGCAGCAUGGAGGCAUCACCAAGCUGGUUGCUCUAUUGGACUGUGGACAGAAUUCAGUAGAACUGACUCAGCCGAGCCUGUAUGAAACCAGAGAUGUGGAAGUGGCUCGCUGUGGGGCCCUGGCGCUCUGGAGCUGUAGUAAGAGUCACUCAAACAAAGAAGCCAUCCGUAAAGCUGGGGGCAUCCCCUUGUUGGCUCGGCUACUGAAGACAUCUCAUGAAGACAUGCUCAUUCCAGUGGUGGGGACGUUGCAAGAAUGUGCAUCAGAGGAAAACUACCGAGCUGCCAUCAAGGCAGAGAGGAUCAUCGAAAACCUCGUGAAGAACCUGAAUAGUGAGAAUGAGCAGCUGCAGGAGCAUUGUGCCAUGGCCAUCUACCAGUGUGCUGAAGAUGAGGAAACCCGAGACCUGGUUAGGCUGCAUGGAGGACUUAAACCUUUGGCCAGUCUACUCAAUAAUACAGGCAAUAAAGAACGAUUAGCUGCUGUCACUGGGGCAAUCUGGAAAUGCUCCAUCAGCAAAGAGAAUGUGAUUAAGUUUCGAGAAUACAAAGCCAUUGAGACACUGGUGGGACUUUUAACUGAUCAGCCUGAAGAAGUCCUCGUGAAUGUGGUUGGGGCCUUAGGAGAAUGCUGUCAAGAACAUGAAAACCGGGUCAUCGUCCGGAGGUGUGGUGGCAUCCAACCUCUUGUGAACCUCCUGGUUGGAAUAAACCAAGCACUUCUCGUGAAUGUCACAAAAGCUGUGGGUGCAUGUGCAGUAGAACCAGAAAGUAUGGUGAUAAUUGAUCGCUUAGACGGAGUUCGCUUGUUGUGGUCCCUGCUCAAAAAUCCACAUCCAGAUGUAAAGGCCAGUGCAGCGUGGGCACUCUGUCCCUGCAUCGAAAAUGCAAAGGAUGCUGGAGAAAUGGUCCGUUCCUUUGUUGGUGGUUUGGAACUGGUGGUCAAUUUAUUGAAGUCAGAUAAUAAAGAGGUCCUGGCAAGUGUCUGCGCUGCUAUCACCAACAUAGCAAAAGACCAGGAAAACUUAGCUGUCAUUACAGACCAUGGAGUUGUCCCUCUGUUGUCCAAACUUGCCAACACAAAUAACGACAAGCUGAGGCGCCACCUGGCGGAAGCUAUCUCACGCUGCUGUAUGUGGGGAAGAAACAGAGUGGCCUUCGGUGAGCACAAAGCGGUGGCUCCGUUGGUGCGUUACCUAAAAUCGACUGACACCAACGUGCACCGAGCUACAGCUCAGGCCUUGUACCAGCUCUCGGAAGACGCGGACAACUGCAUCACCAUGCAUGAGAAUGGCGCGGUGAAGCUUCUACUGGAUAUGGUUGGAUCCCCAGACCAGGAUCUCCAGGAAGCUGCUGCCGGCUGUAUAUCUAACAUCCGCAGGUUGGCUCUCGCUACAGAAAAGGCGAGAUACACUUGAAACGUGAAUGCACACAAGCUACCAAAUGCUCUGACAAAGGACAUACCACUCCCUCUGCCGGGAAGCCAGAGUCGAGAAGCAUUUAUCAACCAGUCCUUCAAACAGUCUAAACAAAAAAACACAUGGAUUAAGACAUACUUUAACUUGAAAACUGCAAGAAUCUUUUUAUUCUAUUUAAUGAAAAGUAAAUAUGUAAUGAAAUGUACAACCAAUAAAUUUGUGAUAAUUUUCCAAGAA